UAGUAAAAAAAUGGCAGUACAAGGCGUACAAGGAAGUUGAGAAUUUUCGUUUCUACGUCUAGUUUUCAGUUUUUAACGCUUGUGAAAUCAAAAUAAUACUCAAAUUUUUAGACGCGUUCUUCUUGCAGGCCAGGAAAAAGUAUAAAGGCAGGUAUAUCUUGUUGAUGUUAAAAUCAUUUUCGGUAUGUCAGAAAGUGAAAUCAUAGCUCAUCAACGGAAACAACAGCAGCAAUUUCCACAGCAACCUGGGACUGGUCCUAUGGCGAACAUGGCGUGGCAGCAGUAUCCUCCUCCAGAUAUGCAUUUUUAUUCUCCCUAUGCAGGACCAAUGUAUGGACAAGGGUUCAAUCAAGGACAACAACCUUUUUAUUAUCAUCCAGGAAAGAUGGGACCUUAUGGACCGGGUUUUAAUCAACAACAUAUGCAGCAGCAACAACAACAGCAGCCGCAACAACAAAUUCCACAGAGUCCGAAUAAUCAGGGAAAACAACCGAAUCAACAGUCCCAGCAACAACAACAGCAGCAGCAAAUCCAACAGCAACAACAGACUCAACAACAAUCGGAGUCUCAAACUCCUGUUGCUAAUCUCUUAGAUGAUGAUUCCGAUCUUCCACCUCUCCCCCCAGGACCCCCACCACCCGUUCAAUCGAAUAAACAACCACCUCAAAAUAAUCAAAAUCAAUCGCAAAUUUAUCAACAUCAACCUUAUUUUAAUCCCUACGGGCACAAUAAUUGGAAUGGAAUGUACAACGAUGGUUCGCAAUUUAACGGUCAAAUUCGCUUCAAUCUCCAGAACAAGAAAACCGGUCUCGGUUUUUCUCCUUCUGGAAAUAGCGGUGCAGCCAAGAAAAAACGCAAGCGAAAUAAGAAUCUCGCGGCCCAAAAUAACAGUAAUUUUCAGGGGAACAAUGCCUCAUCAAAUUUCAUGUCAGGUCCCAAUUUGAAAUCUGAUGUACCACCUUUACCACCCCCAAAACAAGAACCACCCGCAACGCCCAUUAAGGACGAGAAAUCAUCCUCCACUGUCAUUAAUCCCAUAACACCUGGAACGAAUGUUCAAUCGUCAACGGACGCGAAACCGUCAAUAAAUGCCAGUAUUACCGGCGAUUGGCCGGAAAAUUUGAAAAAUUACGUUAAUCGUUGCUAUGAGAAAUGUCAAACGGCCGUCGACAAGGAUCAGGUUGAAAUUAUUCUUAAAGGGAAAAUAACAAGGGCGGCAAAUGACGGAUCAUUGUGGGUGAAGGAUUGGGAUAAUGAGAUUCUACCUAGUAUUCACAGUGAACGUAUGACCAUGACGAUAAAACCUCGUAAUUCACCCUUGAAGCAUGGUUUCGCGCUUGUUAAUUCGCAGGGAGGCCUGCGCAAGCCGGGCCUAUCGACGUCACUUGGCGCAAGGCUUGGCGCGCGUCUCUCUGCCGGUCACAAGCGAUCAAAAUCAAAAUCGGGUUCGAGGUCAUGUUCGAGGUCGAGAUCAAGGUCACGUUCACAAUCCCGCACACCGCCACGAAAAUAUAGACGCAGUACAUCCUCGUCAUCGAAUCAAAGCGAUCGUGAGCACAACGAUUAUAAAACGACAACGACCACGACAUUGUCGUCGUCGACGUCAUCGGCUUCGGCGUCAAAAUCGAAAAAAUCCACGCGUAACAAACAAAAUCACAACAAGAAAAGCAAGAAAAAUAAACAGGUCAAGUCACAUUUCUAUUCUGAAUUUGGUUUAGCGACGGGCAAUGAUGAACUUGGCUCGAAGGAGAAACUCCAGCAACGUGCAGCGAGAUUUAAUGAUUCUUGCAAAUCGGCUAAUAUUUCUAUUCGGGAAGAUGUCAAUGGGGAUUUUGACUUCACAGGUCUUCACAUUAUUGGGACAUGCCAAGAUCUCGAGAAACCGUAUCUGCGCUUGACUUCAGCUCCAGCUGCCUCUUCAGUGCGACCGGUAAGUGUAUUAAAAAAUUCUCUGGCUCACGUUAAAAAACGAUGGUUGGAGGGUCAAGACUAUCGUUAUGCGUGCGAUCAGCUUAAGUCUAUUCGACAAGAUCUGACAGUACAAGGGAUUCGUGAUUCCUUCACUGUUCAUGUUUACGAAACACAUGCGAGAGUCGCACUCGAACGUGGCGAUCACGAGGAAUUCAAUCAAUGUCAAACUCAAUUACGAAUGUUGUAUCAAGACCUCGAGGGGAAAAAUCGUUGCGAAUUCAUUGCUUAUAGGAUACUCUACUAUAUCUUCACUAAGAAUUCUCAAGAUUUAACCACGAUACUCGCGUCACUUACCGCUGAAGAUAAAAAAGACAAAUGUAUUUUGUACGCAUUGCAAGUUCGUUCCGCUUGGUCGCUCGGUAAUUUCCAUAGUUUUUUCAAACUCUAUAGGGAAGCGCCACGAAUGGCAGCAUUCCUGAUGGACUGGUUCAUCGCCAGGGAACGAAAGCUAGCUUUAAAAACAAUGAUUAAGGCUUACCGGCAAAAUUUGGCAGUUGAUUUCAUCGUAGCGGAAUUGGCAUUUGAUACGUUGGACAAGUUUUAUGAAUUUGUCUCUGAGUUCGGGUUGAUUUAUGCUGAUCCACAGAAAAAGCAAAUCGACUGCAAGACGAGUAGUGGUACGCUAGGUUCUUGGUAGAACGUCAUCAACAAAUUUUCCCCUCGAUUCUUCUUCUUCUUUUUGGGGGUUUCGAAAAAAAGAGGACAUUUAAAAAAAAAAGCGCGUCACACGGAUUUAGUGUGUCAGAGGACGCGUGAAUCAGUUAUUUGGAAGAGGAUUUGUGGUCAAUAUCCGCAACCCUUUUAUUUAUGGACCAUGCGUACUUUUCCAAAUGUCCGAUUCCUUCACAUUGUACAAAGAAAAAAAAUUUCACAUAUUUAGACGUGCGAAAGAGUACAAAAAAAAAAAGAAAGAAACCAAUCGAUUUAAAUGUACAUUUUCAUCUCUUCAUUUUUUAAAAGAGAUGCAAGCGUCUCUAACCCUUUGUUAUUGAUCUUUUCAAUCAUGAUUUUUCUCGGCAAGACAUACACAUCUUUUUGUACAUAUAAUUUUACAAGUAUGUACGCUGCAUUGUAUAUAGAAAUCAUCUUUAUAUUCAUCGAUUUAAAUUAUAUAUAUAUAUCUAUAUUGAUUUUUAUGUAUAUUUAAUGUUUCAUCAGUACAAAGUCUGGGAUCUUCUUCAAACUUUUCGCCUUUAUUGCCCCAAAAAAAAUCGCUCAUCGAGUCGCCAUUCCAUAUUUCUUACUUUGGAAAGAAAUCAAGUUUUUGAUUUUUUAAGUAAGCCCUUUUUAUCUUCACUUUAAAAAAAACAACUUAUGAGAACGAGAAAGAGAGAGAGAGAGAGUUCAACAAUAUUUCCUCGGAAGAAUUAGUCGGAGAACACCAAUUUAUGAAUUUUUUCGAAAAAGCCAAGUUCCGUGCCAAGGACAUAGAACAGCAAAAAAAAAAAAAAAAAUUGUCAUAUAGUCUACCACGAGAGAAUUGGAUAAAUUUAUUUUUCAACUUGAAGGCCCUUCUGAAAUUUUCACUUUCGGAUAUUUGUGAUGCUUUAAAAAUUUUUACCAAAUAAAAAUGGGGAAGAAUGAAGAUUUAUUGAGAGGGAUUGAAGAAGAAGUGAAAGAAGAGUAAGGACUUUUAAAAAGACAUUGUUUUUUUGUGUCAAGUGUGAUACCUUCUCGAAAGUGUAGGUGAAAAAAAAGAACUCGAGUGUGAAAAGGCAGAUUUUUUGAAGAAUUUUUGUUUAUGAAAAAAUGCAACAAUAUUGUUUUCAGGAUCAACAAGUUGGAUGUCGUUGUACGAUGGAAGGCUCAUAAUAAAUUAAAAUUUUUUUCAGUAAAAAAAAAA